AUGGCAACCUUCUUUCAGUCGUUCCGGAGCUCCUCCAUGCCCAAGAGGCUGCUCCGGUAUGCUCUAUCCCGACUGGAACUGCUCGACGCCGACGCUCUCGAGAUGGACAACCUAGAUCUGGCAAUAGGAAGGAACACCGUCUUUGAAUUUCGGGAUGUCGGGAUCAAACUAAAGAAACUCAACAAGCUGCUCCAGCUCCCCGACACGUUCAAGUUAAAGAAGGCAAAGGUCCUGUUGCUACGAGUCACAAUACCUAUGGACUUUUACACGAGUCCUAUAAUAGUCGAGGUCGAUGGCGUCGAUAUCGCCUUGCAAGUCAUAGGCAACGAAUCCAAGCCGAGUCGUUCGCCAGGGACAAGAACACCGGACGAAUCCGUUGCUGUCCCAAAUACCGUCGAUCUCGCACAGUCAUUUCUCGAAACACAACCAAAGUCAGAGCGCCGGAAACUCGAAGAUGCGCUAGCAGCCGAAAGUCAGGACCUGGGUGCUUCAGUGUCCAUGAGUGACGAUGGAAGCGAAGAUGACUUGGCAUAUGGGACAGGUCAAGCGCUCUCCCUACCAGCGUUCUUGGCCGACUUCCUCCAGGGUAUUGUUGAUCGAAUGCAGGUUAGGAUAAAGGGCGUCAACUUUCAACUCGACGUCGAGGUACUCGUUGAGCCAAGUUCCACUACAAACGAGAUGGUAUCAUUCCAGGUUGCGCUCGAGGGCAUUGAUGUCGAAGGCGUUACUACACGGUCUUAUGACGACGCUGGAUUCCCGACCAUCGUUCACAAGGAGGGCAAACGACAUGUCUCUUUAUCAAACGUAAGAGCGUACCUCAUUUCUGAAGCAAACGUCUUCUCGGCCUUAGCAAAGUCUCCUUCGAUCGCAUCACCAUCUCUUGCUUCCUCUCCAGCCAUGACACGAAACCCGCCGUCCCGUCAGGCAACCGAACUCUCACUUGCCAGUCUCCGAGACGAACCUGUGUCAUCAUCCCAAGCGAGCAUCCGAUCUAAUGAGCCAGAAUCGGCGUCACAUCACAGUCUUCCUGAGAACGAUCAUAUCCUCUCUUCACAACAUAGUAUCGACCAACGACUUGAGAGUUCCUUGCGACAAAGUCUUCAGCGCAAGGAUCCCCUAGCUGACUCACAUGAAAGCCUUCAGGAUGACUACUUUAUGGAUCAAGAGCCCGUGGAGCAGGAUUAUCCCUUGGGCGACAGUGAGGAUGCACUUGGAAUUCCAUACGAGUUUUCGAACCCUCAAGAUGACGACGCCGAAGACAGCCCAGCGACUCCCCGGGCUUCGAUGUAUCACGAUUUCAACAACGCAGCCAAUGACGAAACAUUAUUCCACUCCAUUUUGCUUCCUGGAGAACACGGUUCUCAAUCUACUGUUUUAGAAAACGAGAGGUCAAUGUGGUCGACUCCAGAGCGAGAGGCUCGAUCUGCUCCCAAUCUUGAAACUCCGGUAGCGCAAUUCAAUAUGGAAGCAUCCAGCUCGAGCAUACAAAAUGAGCAGCUUCGCCGGACCUUUUCGAGUGAGAGUUUUGGAGUGGCCUCAACCGAGGAAUUGGCACAGUCCCACAUGUACACUCAUGAAGACGCUGAGAACGAGCCAGCUCCAGAGGUGGAACAGACGACUGAGCCAGAAAAACCAGACUCGCCAGUCUUGGAUACCAGCGUCCACGAACUAGCUCGGCCUCAGACUCCCGAACCGGAACUCUCAAUCGCCGAAGCCCCAGUCCCCGAAACAUCAAGUCCCAAAGCAUUGAGCCUCAGAGCGCCAAGCCCCGUCACAGAAGAUGCACCGUCCCCUGUGAGAGAACACCGAAAACCCGAGGGUUUCAUUCCAGGUGCAUGGGAUGACGAUUAUGACGACCCAGAAGAAGAACCUGUGGCAUCAACGACCUUGAGACGAUCAGCAUAUCGAAGCAAAAUUUUGUCUGAUCCGGCAGAUGCUUCUGACAGUGAAUCUUCUGAGCCUGCUUUUUCUAGGGCCUGUCUCACUGAUAUCGAUCCAGAGAAUCCACGUGCGUCCACCAAACAGCAAGAAGACGUUGCUACUCCAAAGGGUCCGACUCGCCUGGUGAAGGAGAUCCUGAAUUUGAAGACAAUCUCAAUAUAUAUCCCGUCACAACACCAGCACAUACAGGUCCAGCCCGCAUCUUCUGAGUCUGUGGCCGAGCUAUCACAAUCUCUUGGUCAAUCAGCAUAUCCUCAGGCGCCAGGCGCUUUUUCCGUACAUGGAGCUACCCAUGCACAACAGCGCAGCAGUCAAGGCACUUCGAGUGUCGAAAAUUCCCUCGAGGUAGAUCUAUCACCCAUAAACCUUCGUUUUGACGCCUCUCUUGGCUUUUUGCUCGCCAUGGUUGUUGGGAAGUUACUUGAGGCCGUGAAAGAUAAGAAACCAUCUCCAGCAGAGGGGAGCAAGCAGGACACAGCUUCAAAGGAUGCGCCCUCAAAGGAAACACCCAAUGUUAAGGUAACAUUUGAAGAAAUUAAGCUCGACUUUGUCAAUCGCUUGGGUGGAAUCUCGGACACUCCUGAGCGAUACUUGGAUCCUUCCGCGUUCAUCUUUGACCAGGAAGUUCUGCUCAACGCAACCUUGCAAAACUUGGCCAUCUCCAUCACCCAGACGGAGAUAUCAACGACUCCUGUUACGAAGGGCAGGUUGACGACACAGCCAGCUGUUCUGACCAGGAUAGAUUUACAAAAGUUCCGAUUCGGUUAUGCGAAUGGCGAUAUCAUCUCCUUUGAUAGUGGCAAGCCUAUGAGCACAUCUGUCAGGGACACCUUCCUUUCCGAUGGCACCGACAUUGGUAUCAAGAUUCUCCAAUCAGGUGGUAACACCAAAACAGAGGUCCAGACAUUGCCUCUUGUUUUCCAGCUUGAUCUACGACGGCUCGACGAGACGUUUAGUUGGUUCGGCGGUCUAAGCAGCUUCCUUAACAUGAGUGCAUCGAUCGCCUCAAGUCCUGCCCCAACGCCCAAACCGGCCGCUGUUGUACAGAAACCCCGAGGGGUUCGAUUCGACACCCCAGUUGACCCAGAUGACAAAUCCGCCGCAUCAGAAAAUAAGAUCAACCUGCGUAUUGGAGGCUCAUGGGUGGAACUUAUUGGCAAAGACUGCAGCAUGAUUGCCGAAACAAGUGCUAUCAAACUCAUAAGUCGAGACGAAGUCAUUGGCAUGGCCUGUAGCAUGAUGCGAGUAUCGGGGCCACAUUUGAAGAACUCGGCAGCUGAACCUCCUAUCAAUACCGAAAUUGGCGGUGUUCGGGUGGAGUUCUUGACGACUCCCAAGGAUACCGAUCUCGAAAAACUCCUCGAGCUGAUCAUGCCUUCCAAGCAUCAAUUUGAUGGUGAGAACGAUGAGAUUAUGGUAGACACCCUGCUACGCCAACGACGAAAGGGUUCGGUUUUGAGGGUUACCGUGGACACAGUCAGUGUUCGCGUGCAAAACAUGCCACUGCUUUCCGUCUUACCUAACCUUGGCGAAGAGGUUGCAAAGCUUUCUACCGUUGCCAAAUAUCUGCCCGAGGAUGACCGUCCCGGUUUGUUGACCUUGGGUAAAAUUAGAAAGGUCGGUUUGAGCCUGGACUUUGGCGGCAAGCUAGGCCAUCUUGGCACUGACAUACAAGAUCUCCAUGUCGGCCAUAUUUCUAUCCCCUCACUUGUUGCUAUUGCUUUACACGACAUUUCGGUACAGAGAAACAGGUCGGAAGAACUGGUCAGCACGUCUCCAUACGGUGCCAGGGACAUUUCGCUGCGUAGCCCUGUACUGAUGGCACGGAUGAUUGGCGAUGAGAUCGAGCCAGUCAUCAAAUUGAAGAUGCAAGAUCUGUGCAUCGAGUACCGCGUACCCACCAUCAUGGACCUCCUUGAGCUUGGAGAAGAUGCGACACCUCAAGACUUUGAAGCCAGUCUUGCUGCUUCGGUGGCAAACCUUGGCGAUCAAGCGCACCAUGUGUUGACCGGCGCUCCUGGAUCUCCUGGAGGGAAAGCCAAGAGCGGGAAACCUAUGACUCUGGACAUUGGGUUCCGAGAUUGCCUUCUAGGACUCAACCCGCUGGGACAGCCCUCAAAGAUGGUAAUUGCACUUACAGACGCCCAUCUUGUGGCUCUGCUGCCCCAGGAUGUCGAGACCAAUGCUGUCUUUACCAUCAACAAGUCAUCUAUUCUUCUCAUCAACGACGUUGCUGAAGUUAAAAUGAACGAACUACCAGCUACUCAGCGUUCCCGAGCCUCAUCUUCGACAUCUCGACAGGUAUCAGACAUGUGUGCCAGAGGAUAUGUUGAUAUUUGCUACAUUUCCUCUGCCAAGGUUACCGUCGAUGUCAAGGAACUCGAAGAUGGUGAGAAGCAACUUGUUGUCGAGCUCAAAGAUGACCUGCUUGUUUUGGAAACAUGUGCAGAUUCAAUGCAGACUCUGGUUUCAUUGGCGAAUGCUCUUAAGCCUCCAACUCCGCCUAGUAAGGAGAACAAGUACCUAACGGAUGUGGUCCCAAUGCAGGAUCUCCUUGCUUCGAUAUCUGCUGAGGCCUUUGGUAGGCCCGAAGGAGAGUACGAUUUUGAUCAAGAUUUCGCUGGUGCCCAAGAGAUGGCUGGCAGUGGCUCAGAAGCCGACUACAACACAGACAGCCCAUUGCAGGUACAGUCUCGGUACUACGAUGAACCUGUCGCCGAGGAGCUCUUUGACGCAACGAGCAGCUCCAUAAUUUCUCGUGGAUCCCAACGUUCUGGCCCUAUGAUGCAAGAUACCAACGAGGGUGUUUUACUGACAGGUUUCGAACCGACUAGCCAACAGAGCAUAGACUCUGACGAUUUAGUUAUUCACGACGAUUACUACGAUCAGGGGGCAUCAAAGGAUAGCAAAGCCAAGGUUUGGAACUCAAUGAAGAACAGCUACGAUCUAGCACCAAGCGAUUUAGUUAAGCGAAGCAUCUUGAGAGUCAAGGUUCGCGACGUACAUGUCAUAUGGAACCUUUUCGAUGGCUACGACUGGGUUCACACCCGAGAUGUCAUAACAAAGGCAGUUCAAGAUGUUGAAGCCAAGGCGUAUGAACGGCAAGCCCGAGCCGGCCAGGUCCACGUUUACGAGGAGGAGCUAGAAGAUGAAGAAGCUAUCGGAGACUUCCUCUUUAACUCGAUUUACAUAGGCAUCCCCGCCAACCGCGACCCUCAAGAGCUGUCUCGCGCCAUCAAUGAGGGGUUCAAUGAUGGUGCAACUGAGACUGAGUCUGUUGCUACCACGGCCUUCACUUCAGCCACCAACAGAACGGCACGCGCUCGUCCUCGAUCAAAGCGGCUUAAGCUCAAGCGCAGCAAGCACCACAAGAUUACCUUUGAGCUGCAGGGUGUCGACGCGGAUCUAUUCGUUUUCCCACCCAACUCGGGCGAAACACUCAACAGUAUCGAUGUUCGCAUCAAGACUCUUGAUGUCUUUGAUCACGUCCCGACCUCAACAUGGAAGAAAUUCGCAACAUAUGACCAAGAUAUGGGCGAGCGAGAGAUGGGCACAAGCAUGGUACACCUUGAAAUGCUCAAUGUCAAGCCCCAACCAUCCCUCGAGGCGUCUGAAAUCGUGCUGCGAGCAACAAUCCUACCUUUGAGACUCCACGUUGAUCAAGAUGCCCUCGACUUUAUUACACGAUUCUUCGAGUUCAAAGACGACCAGGUACCUGUACACACGUCUAAGAGCGAUGUUCCAUUCCUUCAGAGAGCUGAAAUCAACAACAUAUCGGUCAAGCUUGAUUUCAAGCCGAAGCGAGUCGACUAUGCUGGACUGCGGUCUGGACACACCACCGAGUUUAUGAACUUUAUCGUCCUCGAGGAGGCGAGAAUGGUCCUUCGCCAUGUGAUCAUCUAUGGCAUCUCUGGGUUCGAGAAGCUUGGCAAGACUCUUAACGAUAUUUGGACGCCCGAUGUGAAGGCAAAUCAACUUCCUGGCAUUCUAGCUGGCCUCGCACCUGUGCGUUCACUUGUCAAUGUGGGCAGUGGCUUCAGAGAUCUCGUUGAGGUACCUAUUCGCGAGUACAAGAAAGAUGGACGUGUCAUUCGCAGCAUUUCCAAGGGUGCCACUGCCUUUGCUCGCACUACAGGUACCGAGCUGGUGAAGCUGGGUGCCAAACUUGCUGUUGGUACACAAUACGCGCUGCAGGGUGCGGAAGGCAUGCUUUCCGGCCCUCAGCAAGUAUAUGAAGGCUGGGAUGAUGACGAUGUAGAUCCUGACGAACAGAGACAGAUCUCUCUCUACGCAGAUCAACCUACUGGAGUGAUCUCGGGUAUCAGAGGUGGAUACCGCUCUCUCGCCAGGGACGUGAAUCUCGUCCGUGAUGCUAUCAUUGCUGUUCCUGGCGAGGUUAUGGAAAGCUCUACAGCGUCUGGCGCCGCGAGAGCUGUUUUGAAACGCGCCCCAACCAUCAUCUUCCGACCAGCUGUUGGUGUUACGAGAGCAAUCGGACAAACGCUGAUGGGCGCGACGAAUUCGAUUGAUCCAAACAACAGGCGCCGAAUUGAGGAGGUAUGUUAUUUAUUUGCUAUCUUAAGACGAAUCUUGCUAACAGCCGCCUAG